GCUGGGGGGUAGCGGGAAGGCGACGUUCUUCUUUCCUGGGUUCCCGUCCGCCAUGUUUUCAGGCCGGGUCAGCCUGGGUCUUUCCUCGUGAGGAAAUGGCCGGGGGGUUUCGGGGACCCCAGGCGCCGGUGCCUCGGCGGAGCCCGGGCUGACGAGGCAGGGCGGCGGGGUGACCCGCAGCAGCUGUGCGCGGGGCGGGGAGGCCAUGGCGUCCGGCAGUAACUGGUUGUCCGGGGUGAACGUCGUGCUGGUGAUGGCCUACGGGAGCCUGGUGUUUGUCCUGCUCUUUAUUUUUGUGAAGAGGCAAAUCAUGCGCUUCGCGAUGAAAUCGCGGAGGGGGCCUCACGUCCCCGUGGGACACAACGCCCCCAAGGACUUAAAAGAGGAGAUUGAUAUCCGGCUAUCCAGGGUUCAAGAUAUCAAGUAUGAACCUCAGCUCCUUGCAGAUGGUGAUGCAAGACUGUUACAGCUAGAAACCCAGGGAAAUGAGAAUUGCUACAACUAUCUAUACAGGAUGAAAGCUCUGGAUGCCAUCCGUGCCUCUGAGAUACCAUUUCAUGCUGAAGGCAGGCAUCCCCGUUCCUUAAUGGGCAAGAAUUUCCGCUCCUACCUGCUAGAUCUUCGGAACACUAGUACUCCUUUUAAGGGUGUGCGCAAGGCCCUCAUUGAUACCUUGCUGGAUGGCUAUGAGACAGCCCGCUAUGGGACGGGGGUCUUUGGCCAGAGUGAGUACCUGCGCUACCAGGAGGCCCUGAGUGAGUUGGCCACUGUGGUCAAAGCACGAAGUGGGAACUCUCAGAGACAGCACCAGUCGGCAGCCAAAGACCUAACCCAGUCUCCUGAAGUCUCCCCCACAACCAUCCAGGUGACAUACCUCCCCUCCAGUCAGAAGAGUAAACGUGCCAAACACUUCCUUGAACUGAAGAGCUUUAAGGACAACUAUAACACCCUGGAAAGCACUCUGUGACGGGCUGAUGGACGCUGCCAGGCUGCUGGAGGGGUCAGCAGCCUUGGGUCAUCUGGCUGGUGGGUCCAGGUCAGCUGAAAUGCCACGGUGUCCGGAGCUCGUAAGGUUCAUGCCUAGAGAAUCAUUCUCCAGCUUGUUCUUACAGCCCAUUUCCGAGAAUCAGGACUUUAUUUUCCCUUGGUAACACUUUUUUUGGGAGUUGAAUUCAGGUGUUUUUCUUAAUGUUUCCAUCAAUGCUUCCUUAAAAAUCCUCACUUGGUUUUGAUUGUAGUUCAUCUGCCUCUUUUUUUCCCCCUUUUCCACUAUAAAUAAUCCUAAGAGUGAGAGUUGGGGUGGCAGGGCCUGAUGUCUUCCAUGUCUGCCCCUUUAUACAUAGAUGAAUGGGGACGUUUGGGUUUGAAACAUCUUAGAAGUGAUUGGUAGGACAGGCAGACACAAGCUGGCGGGGAGGUCUAGUGAGGCCAUGCAUGCUACAUGGAACAGCUUGCCGGUGCUCCAUUUAAUCCAGCGUGUGUGGAAACACUAACACAACUUCCCUGACAUGCAAGGAUCUGCCCUUAGGCUUUCUUUCCAUACUGUCUUGAAUGAAUGGAAAAGGGAAUGUUGGCAUUUGACAUAAUCCCAUCCCCCCACACUUCCUGGGGAUGCUGUGGGACAGUGAAGAAAAGUCAGAUCAAUGCACUGGUCUGACAUUCUAGAUUAUUUAAUAAAAUGAACAAAAAAAAUGA